GCCGGCUUUUCCAGGAGAAUGCCCUGGGAAACAGUAUCAAAGGCUUUGCUGAUGGUUAGCUAACUCUCUCAUAAGGACCUGGAGAUCACUGUGGAAUUCUCACCAUUGAAGAAGAAGCAAAGUCAUUGCAAGCAUUUCCUUCUUUCCCUGAAGAGAAAAAUGAGCUGGGCGUUCCUACGAGAUCUGCUGAGUGGAGUGAAUAAAUACUCGACAGGAAUUGGAAGAAUUUGGGUAGCUGUUGUGUUCAUGUUCCGCUUACUGGUUUAUGUUGCUGCUGCAGAAAGCAUCUGGAAACAUGAACAUGAUGAAUUUGAGUGCAAUAUCAAGCAGCCUGGCUGUGAAAAUGUCUGCUUUGACCAUUUUUUCCCUGUCUCUCACAUCAGACUUUGGGCUUUGCAAUUAAUCAUGGUCUCCACCCCUUCACUCUUGGUUGUCUUUCAUGUUGCUUACAGAGAGAACAGAGAGAAACACCACAACCAGAAACUUUACAAAAAUCCAGGAAAGAUAGAUGGGGGAUUGCUGUGCACUUACCUAAUCAGCCUCAUUUUAAAGACAGGACUUGAAAUAGUUUUUCUUGUUCUGUUUUAUAAAUUGUACAAUGGAUUCAAAAUACCACGUCUUGUGAAAUGUGACAUAAAACCAUGUCCCAAUACUGUAGACUGUUAUAUUUCCAAACCCACAGAGAAGAUGAUUUUCCUCUAUUUUCUGGUGGGAACUUCAUGCCUGUGCAUCAUAUUAAAUAUAAGUGAACUGAGUUAUCUGAUUUUCAAAUACUCCAUAAAAUGUUAUCUGAAGAGACAAAAAAGAAACAGCAAGGCUCAAAAAGCUAUUACUGCGAAUCAGAACUCAUCAGGUGCAACAGAGCAGCAGCUGCAGGACGACUCCACAACAGCUCAUCAUCUUUGCCUCUGAAUAUGCAAGAUGAACAUGAAAAACAUUCCCUGCUGACUUGAAAGAAGGCUGGACACCACC